AUGCGGAUCUACAAAAUUACAACGAGAAGCAAUUGUUACUGGGAAUCCUUUACGGCAGAAAAUAUGAAAACAAAAUUUUAUUUGUAAAUUUCCUUAAACGAUUAUUUUUAGCCAAACCCGCGCAUCGUCUGGAUGAUGAUCCUAGACAAAUCCAAUUCAUUUCAAUGUGA